GAUGUGCAGGAGGUUGCACGGCUGCUGGGCUCCAAGGACGUCAGAGUCAACUGUCUGGAUGAGGUACUGUAUGGAUGGGGGCUAGGGAGUCUUGUUGAAAACUCUGACAAAGUUACCUGUGUUGUUUGUGUAAUUUGCCAAUACUAAGAUGAUAUUUGGCAUUCUCUUUCACAAUAUAUCCUUGACCAAGAUAGCUUAAAGCAAUCCAUACACUAGCCACAAUAUCCCUGAGAUGUUUAGAAUAGUAUAAACCAUACAUUUAAUGUCUCUUAAAAGUGCAUUUCACUAAAAUCCUCUACGCAUGACCACUAAUAGUUUUGUCAUGGUCUGACAAACCUGUAGGGCAUUAGUGACACAAAGUAAAUGGUGAUGUAAUUAGGAUGGUGUAGCCAUAGAGACAUGUAUAACAUUCUGUGGGUGGAGGCCUGCAGCAUAUGUUUUCCAUUGUUAUCUAGACAUAUGGCUGAGACUCUUGAGUGCAGGAUGUAGUACUCCAGCCACUAGAUGUAACCCACAGACUACUUCAGACCAUGUCUGUGUGUGUAUGUGUGAAUGUGUGUGUAUGUGUGAAUGUGUGUGUGUGUGUGUGUGUGUGUGUGUGUGUGUGUGUGUGUGUGUGUGUGUGUGUGUGUGUGUGUGUGUGUGUGUGUGUGGGAGCAGGAUGUAAAAAAAAAUGUUUUUUGGUCACAAGUGUGUCCAGUCUGUCAGAAUCAGACGGAGCAGCAGAGCUUGACAGUAUAUACCCACACGGUCUCAGCCUGGCCUUAUAAUGCCAUACAGUAUAGUUCUGACAUAACUGUCACAUGUUUGAGUAUUGUGUGGAGAAACAUGUAACAAUGACAGUCUCUUCCUGCCUUACUUCCAUAGUACUUUACUUUACAGCGCAGAAAGUACCAUGUAUUUACUAUGGUAAUUACACAGUCCAAUGAUUUACUAGUUUGUUUCUUUAGUAUUCAUUAAAAUAAGCUGUUAUCAGUAGGCUACCAGGUGAAUACCAGUAGAAUCAGUACCCAAAAUGAUAGUAUGAUCCUUUCCGUCUCCUCAGUAUGGCAUGACCCCCCUAAUGCAUGCAGCAUACAAGGGUCAAGCAGACAUGUGCAGUCUGCUGCUACAGCACGGGGCAGACGUCAACUGUAAUGAACAUGAUUAUGGAUACACAGCACUCAUGUUUGCUGGACUCUCAGGUUAGUCCAGGGCAGGCAUCCUUUUUCAUACAGCAUAUACUGUAAUUUAGCCAAUAUUAUGAUAUUGGUCAUAUUUUAUUUGAAAGGUACCUACAUAAGGACUUCAUAACACAUUCAUAAUCCAUACAUAACUCAUUCAUAAGCACUACAUAAGAAUUUAAUAAACAAUUACACUUUGCCAUAACUUGCCCUAUCCCAGGAAAGACGGACAUAACGUCCAUGAUGCUGGAUGCCGGUGCAGAGACAGACCUGGUCAACUCAGUAGGUCGCACGGCUGCUCAGAUGGCUGCAUUCGUGGGUAAGGAAGUGAUCACUUUAAACUUCUUUCACACAGGUCUUUUCCUGCAAAUACCCAACUUUUUUGUGACUUUUUCUGAAUUUGCUAAAUUGAAAACCAAAUUAACCACAGCCCUUAUAUCAGUCCCCUUGUCCCAAACUUUUGGGUUUAUUAUGAUGAUUAUGAAAAUGAAGGUGAUGAUGAUGCUGAUGAUGAUUUUGAUGAUGAUGUUUGUCCCACCUCUCAGGCCAGCAUGACUGUGUGACAGUGAUCAACAACUUCUUCUCACGAGCACGGCUGGAGUACUACACUAGACCUCAGGGGCUGGAGCGAGAAGCCAAACUGCCCCCCAAACUGGCCGGACCUCUUCACAAGAUUAUCAUGACCUCCAACCUCAACCCUGUCAAGGUGGAGAUAUUUAUUCUACAUUAAAUUCUAAAUGGUUCCUUUCUAACUUUUUAAAAAAACUUUUAGUGCGAGUGUUUAUGUAAAAUAGAGAAUACAAUUCAUUAAAGGGAUAGUUCGAAAUUGUUCUACUUACCCAGAGUCAGAUGAACUAAUGGAUACCAUUUGUAUGUCUUUGCGUGCAGUUGGAAGGAAGUUGAAUAUAGUUUCUGAAGCCAUUGCUAACUAGCGUUAGCGCAAUGACUCGAAGUCUACAGGAGCAGCUAGCAGAAACUACCUUCAACUUCAUUCUAUUCGAUUAUCUGACUCUGGGUAAGUGGAGUGGCUUGAUCGCGUUGUUAAGACACUUUAGAUGGCCAGUAUAGUUUCCUGGAACCCAAUGAGCUUUGGUUUACUCAAUUUCUCCAGUAGUUUAAGGCUGCUUCCCAAAUGACACCCUAUUCCCUAUUUAGUGCACGUUGAUAUCUUUGACAAUUAUGAAAGUGGGGGGGGGGGGGCACACUUGAUAUUAGCAUUUAUAUGGGGGGUAGGAUGGAAGGCUGAUUUGUUAUGGGCUGCCUAGCUCCCAUCCCCUUCCCCACAAGUCCCCUUGUUAUUCUGUAAUUCAACUCUGGCUUGGAUAGCCUAGUGCCCUUUUGAAUUCCAUACCCUGCAUGAUCAACUCUCACCUGCUGCAGCUUGCAGUCACACGCCCGUGGUGCCGCUGCCUGCUUUAGAUCUGUCUAAAUAUAUCUAUCUGUUUGGACGUGAAUGCAGGACACAGAGAGAGGUGCCACUAUAACACUCUCAGACCUCUGCUACUGUAUAUUAGCCUGCUGGCUAAAGUCAUGGUUCAAGUUUAAAAUGUUAUUAGUCGUAUGUACAGGAUAUACAUGGGAUACACCGUCCAACGAAAUGCUUACUUAAAGUAAUAUUACGGUCGGGACAGCGCACCAAUGUACAAGAAAAGUCAGUUCUGUUUUCGCUGUCUAACCAACUGCACAUGCCUUGUGACUGUCAUACGUCGGUUAGAUGAGAUUGCAACCUAGUUAUUUCCAAGUGUUUUUCCAAGACAGUUAUGAAGUCAUAGGAGCGUGUGUAUACAGUAGCAUAGCAAAGUGACCAGUCAGUACUUAAUCUAUGGUUUCUGCCACUGUGUCUCUGUGAUGGAUAGUGAUUCUUUACAUCAUAAGACUUCAAAUUGUUCAAACAUGGCAUUGGAAAGUGUCUUUUUUUUCUCUUAAACAGCUUUGUUUGAUGUGUGGAAUUUCUUUUUUUUCUUUUUUCUUUAUUUUUAUUUCACCUUUAUUUAACCAGGUAAGCCAGUUGAGAACAAGUUGAGCUGUGAUAUUCAUAUCCUCUAUCCCUCAUGGCCUCGGUCUCACAGAGUAGCCUUCGCUAUGGGAGUUCAGCAGGAUAUAUAGUUUAUAGAGUGUUAUAUAAUAAACAGCAUACUAGGAAUACUGGGAUAUGAUGGAUGGUUACGUGCUGAAUGGAAUGGCGCGUGUGGUGAGGAGCAACCAGGACCCUCUCUUUAUUUAUUUAUUUAUCAUUUAAAAAGAAAUUUGGGGGGUAGAUCAGCUGUAAUAUUGCAGAUAGAUUGUAGCUUCCAUCAAUGUAAUUGUCUGCAUAAUUUCCAAUCCCCCAUAUAUAUUUAUUUGUAAAUAUACAGUACCAGUCAAAAGCGUGGACACACCUACUCAUUCCAUGGUUUUUCUUUAUUUUUACUAUUUUCUACAUUGUAGAAUAAUAGUGAAGACAUCAAAACUAUGAAAUAACACGUGGAAUCAUGUAGUAACCAAAAAAGUGUUAAACAAAUCAAAAUAUAUUUUAUAUUUGAGAUUCUUCUCAAAAGAACAGUUUAGCAUGUUCUUGGCAUUCUCUCAACCAGCUUCAUGAGGUAGUCACCUGGAAUGCAUUUCAAUUAACAGGUGUGCCUUGUUAAAAGUUAAUUUGUGGAAUUUAUUUCCUUCUUAAUGCGUUUGAGCCAAUCAGUUGUGUUGUUACAAGGUAGGGGUGGUAUACAAAAGAUAGCUCUAUUUGGUAAAAGACCAAGUCCAUAUUAUGGCAAGAACAGAGAAAUGACAGUCCAUCAUUACUUUAAGACAUGAAGGUCAGUCAAUCUGGAAAAUGUCAAGAACUUUGAAAGUUUCUUCAAGUGCAGUCGCAAAAACCAUCAAGCGCUAUGAUGAAACUGGCUCUCAUGAGGACCGCCACAGGAAAGGAAGACCCAGAGUUACCUCUGCUGCAGAGGAUAAGUUCAUUAGAGUUUACCAGCCUCAGAAAUUGCAGCCCAAAUAAAUGCUUCACAGAGUUCAAAUAACAGACACAUCUCAACAUCAACUGUUCAGAGGAGACUGCGUGAAUCAGGCCUUCAUGGUCAAAUUGCUGCAAAGAAACCACUACUAAAGGACACCAAUAAUAAGAAGAGACUUGCUUGGGCCAAGAAACACGAGCAAUGGACAUUAGACCGGUGGAAAUCUGUCCUUUAGUCUGAUGUUUCCAAAUUGGUUCCAACCACCGUGUCUUUGUGAGACGCGGUAUGGGUGAACAGAUGAUCUCUGCAUGUGUAUUUCUCACCGUAAAGCAUGGAGGUGGAGGUGUUAUGGUGUGGGGGUGCUUUGCUGGUGACACAGUAUGUGAUAUAUUUAAAAUUCAAGGCACACUUAACCAGCAUGGCUACCACAGCAUUCUACAGAGAUACGCCAUCAGAUCUGGUUUGGGCUUAGUGGGGCUAUCAUUUGUUUUUCAACAGGACAAUGACCAAACACACCUCCAGGCUGUGUAAGGGCAAUUUGACCAAGAAGGAGAGUGAUGGAGUGCUGCAUCAGAUGACCUGGCCUCCACAAUCCCCAGACCUCAACCCAAUUGAGAUGGUUUGGGAUGAGUCGGACCGCAGAGUGAAGGAAAAGCAGCCAACAAGUGCUCAGCAUAUGUCGGAAAUCCUUCAAGACUGUUGGAAAAUAAUUCCAGGUGAAGCUGGUUGAGAGAAUGCCAAGUGUGCAAAGCUGUCAUCAAGGCAAAGGGUGGCUAUUUGAAGAAUCUCAAAUAUAAAAUAUAUUUUGAUUUGUUUAACACUUUUUUGGUUACUACAUGAUUCCAUAUGUGUUAUUUUAUAGCAUUGAUGUCUUCACUAUUAUUCUACAAUGUCAAAAAUAGUAAAAAUAAAGAAAAACCCUUGUAUGAGUAGGUGUGUCCAAACUUUUGACUGGUAGUGUAUAUAUACAUAUCUUUUUAAAAUAUAUUUUACUUUAUUAUUUUCCACUAACCCUACCACCCCUCCCCUAAUUGGAGUAAACUAAUGAACUACAACAAUUAGGCUUCUACUUCCAGCUUAUACAUACUAUAUACAUUUUACAGACACAAUCUAUACAAUAGUUAUAUUUUGUUUGUUUUUAGUCCUUCCUUCUUCUACCCUCAACCUCUCCCAUCUAUUUCUGAUGUACAUCCAGUUUGAUUUCUAUUUGCCAUAUUUUUUAACUGUGCUGUUUCACAAAAGUUCUGAACCUAUAUACAUUUUACAGACACAGUAUAUUUUACAUUUGUUAUCUUGUUGUUAUUAGUCCCACCCUUCAGCUCCAUUCAACUCCUCCCAUCUAUCUCUUAACACCUUCCAUAUUGGAUUUCUAUUUGCCAUAUAUUUUUCAACUGUGCUGUGAUGCUUCACAAAAGUUCUGAAACGUUCUAUUCUCAUAGUUUCUACAGAUUGUAAAUGAAAGAUAAACAUUUUUGCUAAAAGUAUUAUUAUAUUAUUGAUCGAUUGACUAUGACUUUUCAAAUCACCCAGUAUUGCUAUCUGCAGCGUUAGCUCCAGGUAAAUGUUGCAAUUCUUCAGCCAUUCCUGGACAUGUGACCAAAAACAAGCUACAAAUGGAUAGUACCAAAAUAAAUGAUCUAAUGACGCUGUCUCUUCGCAGCAAAAUCUGCAAAGCUGGGAAGGUUGUAUCCCCCAUAUAUAUAACAUUAUAUUGGUUGCAAGAAUUUUGUAUAAUAAUAUAAAUAGAAAAAUUCAAUGUUUUGAAUCUGGCGUCAUUUUGCGUAUCAGUUCUUAAACCAUGUGCCAUGGAAUCGGUACAUCGAAAAUCUCUUCCCAAUUAUUUUGCAAUCUAUAUGGCACAGCUGUCAAUUAUAUGGCACAGCUGUCAAUUAUUUAUUUAUCACAAUGUUCUUUAACCAAUUUUGGUCUUUAAUGCAGGGCCGACAGACAAGUUCCUUACUUUUUCCCCCUUCCACUUGCCUCUUCCAUUUUUGCAGUAAUGCUGCAAUUAGUUGGUUGUAAUUUUGGGUAGAGCAGACAUUUCCAUAUAUUUUUGUUAGCUGCAUGUGUGACAUAACUCCACCAGUCCUAUUUAUAGAUUAUACCUUUCUUAAACAUGUUAUCAAAUUUAUCAAUUAGUACAUUUGAGUUUAACCACAAUAUUUUUGUAUUAUUUGUUCUGUCUUUUCUGGAGGAUUAAACUGAAAUAGCAACCAACUUUCUAUGGCUUGUUUAAAAAUAUACACUACCGUUCAAAAGUUUGGGGUCACUUAGACAUUUCCUUGUUUUCCAUGAAAACAUACAUGAAAUGAGUUUGAAUAUGAAAUAUAGUAAAAUGAAUAGGAAAUGUAGUCAUUGACAAGGUUAGAAGUAAUGAUUUUUAAUUGAAAUAAGAAUUGUGUCAUUCAAACUUUGCUUUCGUCAUAGAAUCCUCCAUUUGCAACAAUUACAGCCUUCCAGACCUUUGGCAUUCUAGUUGUCAAUUUGAGGUAAUCUGAAGAGAUUUCACCCCAUGCUUCCUGAAGCACCUCCCACAAGUUGGAUUGGCUUGAUGGGCACUUCUUACGUACCAUACGGUCAAGCUGUUCCCACAACAGCUCAAUAGGGUUGAGAUCCGGUGACUGUGCUGGCCACUCCAUUAUAGACAGAAUACCAGCUGACUGCUUCUUCCCUAAAUAGUUCUUGCAUAGUUUGGAGCUGUGCUUUGGGUCAUUGUCCUGUUAUAGGAGGAAAUUGGCGCCAAUCAAGCGCCGUCCACAGGGUAUGGCAUGGCGUUGCAAAAUGGAGUGAUAGCCUUCCUUCUUCAAGAUCCCUUUCACCCUGUACAAAUCUCCCACUUUACCACCACCAAAGCACCCCAGACCAUCACAUUGCCUCCACCAUGCUUGACAGAUGGCAUCAAGCACUCCUCCAGCGCAUCUUUUCAUUUGGUCUGCGUCUCACAAAUGUUCUUCUUUGUGAUCCGAACACUACAAACUUCGAUUUGUCUGUCCAUAACACUUUUUUUUCCAAUCUUCCUCUGUCCAGUGACUGUGUUCUUUUGCCCAUCUUAAUCUUUUCUUUUUAUUGCCCAGUCUGAUAUGGCUUUUUCUUUGCAACUCUGCCUAGAAGGUCAGCAUCCCGGAGCCUCUUCACUGUUGACGUAGAGACUGGUGUUUUGCGGGUACUAUUUAAUGAAGCUGCCAGUUGAGGACCUGUGAGGAAUCUGUUUCUCACUAGACACUCUAAUGAAUUUGUCCUCUUGCUCAGUUGUGCACCGGGGCCUCCCACUCCUCUUUCUAUUCUGGUUAGAGCCAGUUUGCGCUGUUCUGUGAAGGGAGUAGUACACAGCGUUGUAUGAGAUCUUCAGUUUCUUGGCAAUUUCUCGCAUGGAAUAGCCUUCAUUCAUCAGAACAAGAAUAGACUGACGAGUUUCAGAAGAAAGUUCUUUGUUUCUGGCCAUUUUGAGCCUGUAAUCGAACCCACAAUUGCUGAUGCUCCAGAUACUAAACUAGUCUCAAGAAGGCCAGUUUUAUUGCUUCUUUAAUCACCACAACAGUUUUCAGCUGUGCUAACAUAAUUGCAAAAGGGUUUUCUAAUGAUCAAUUAGCCUUUUAAAAUGAUAAACUUGGAUUAGCAAACACAACGUGCCAUUGGAACAAAGGAUUGAUGGUGGCUGAUAACGGGCCUCUGUAUGCCUAUGUAGAUAUUAAUUAAAAAUCAGCCGUUUCCAGCUACAAUAGCCAUUUACAACAUUAACAAUGUCUACACUGUAUUUCUGAUCAAUUCGAUGUUAUUUGAAUGGACCAAAAAAUUGCUUUUCUUUCGAAAACAAGGACAUUUCUAAGUGACCCCAAAUUUUUGAACGGUAGUGUAUAUAUUUUGGAGAUUAUUUAAUUUUCAAAUAACCGAAAGUGAGAGAUUGUAAUCUGAAUAAAGGGAAAAAGGCCAUUAUUGAACAUGGGGUGAGACAUUCUUACUAAUUUGCUAGAGAACCAGUUCGGAUUUAAGUAUAGCUUUUGUAUGACUGACACCUUUAGUGAGAGGUCUAAUGCUUUAAUAUUUAAUCAUUUCUGCCCUCCGAAUUCAUAUUAAUUAUAUAAAUAGGCCCUUUUAAUUUUGUCUGGCUUGCCAUUCCAAAUAAAAUGGAAUAUUUUUUGCUCAUAUAAUUUUAAAAACAUGUCGCUAGGUCUAGGCAAGACCAUAAGCAAGUAGGUAAACUGGGAUAUGACUAAAGAGUUAAUCAGGGUGAUUUUUCCACAAAUAGACAGGUAUUUUCCUUUCCAUGGUAGCAAGAUCUUAUCUAUUUUUGCUAACUUUCUAUAAAACUGUAUUGGAGUGAGAUCAUUUCUUUCUUUCGGGAUAUGUAUACCGAGUAUGUCCACAUCCCCGUAAGACCAUUUAAAUGGUAAACUACACGUAAUGUAAAAGUUAUAAUAUAGUACACUUAUCAUAAUUUGGUUUUAAUCUCUCUCUCUCUCUCUCUCUCUCUCUCUCUCUCUCUCUCUCUCUGUCUCUCUCUCUCUCUCGCUUCCUCUCUCUCUCAAUCUCUCUCUCUCUCUCUCUCUCUCUCUUUCGCUUUCUAAAUCUCUCUCUCUCUUUCUAACUCUUUCUCCGUCUCUCUCUUUCUAAAUCUCUCUCUCUCUCUUUCUAACUCUUUCUCCAUAUCUCUCUUUCUAAUAUUAUCUCUAACACUUUCUACCCCCCCCCCCCCCCCCCCCCCCUCUUCUUAGCUGGUGAUGCUGGUCAGGGAGAACCCUCUGCUAGUGGACGUGGGAGCAUUAGAGAAGUGUUACCAUGUCAUGGACCUGCUGUGUGAGCAGUGUGUGAAGCAGCAGGAUAUGAAUGAGGUCCUGGCCAUGAAGAUGCACUACAUUAGCUAUGUGCUGCAGAAAUGCAUGGCCUUCCUUCUGGACCGUGAUGACAAGCUAGAUGUGCUCAUCAAGAGGUGUGUGUUGUGUAUGUGUGUGUGUCACUCUCAGUGCAUCAUCUUGUUUCUCUUGACAGUGGUUGAUGUGAUUGAUUGCAUUGCUGGCAUUCUAAUCAAAUGUAACUAUCCAAUUUAUUUUUCUGUUAUUGUACAAAAUUCCCAGACUAACCAUUGGGUACUAAUUGUUAUGUGUUUCAUAGUUUAUUUUUAGUGCUGUAUAUUGGAUGAAUAUUGUAUGUAAACUGUAUAGACAGUUCCCUAGACAAUGUCAAUUUUUCAUUGUCUUUACAUUGUUAUAAUUUGUAUGUCUCUUCUCUCAGCCUGUUGAAGGGGAGGGAUGGAGAUGGUUUUCCUCAGUACCAGGAGAAGUUCAUUAGAGACUGCAUCAGGAAGUUUCCCUACUGUGAAGCCGCACUGCUACAGCAGCUGGUCAGGAGCAUCGCACCAGUGGAGAUCGUGAGUGAGCUUCCUGUCAUUCAUUGAUUCAAAAUUUCCUUUAACUUAGGUCUUAUCCAAUGUAUGGCUCCUCCUAUAAACUCAAUCAUGGACUCACUUAAUUUGUCCCCGCGGGAAAUUAACCAAUUGAAGAUUGAUUUGAUUGCACAACAUUUUAAAAAUGUUACAUUUCCAUAUUAAAGGGGAAGUGCAGUCAAAAACGUGAUUUUCUUGUGUUUUACACUACCGUUCAAAAGUUUGGGGUCACUUAGACAUUUCCUUGUUUUCCAUGAAAACAUACAUGAAAUGGGUUUGAAUAGGAAAUAUAGCAAAAUGCUUAGGAAAUGUAGUCAUUGACAAGGUUAGAAAUAAUGUUUCUUAAUAUAAAUAAUAAUUGUGUCCUUCAAACUUUGCUUUCGUCAAAGAAUCCUCCAUUUGCAGCAAUUACAGCCUUGCAGACCUUUGGCAUUCUAGUUGUCAAUUUGUUGAGGUAAUCUGAAGAAAUUUCACCCUAUGCUUCCUGAAGCACCUCCCACAAGUUGGAUUGGCUUGAUGGGCACUUCUUAUGGUCAAGCUGCUCCCACAACAGCUCAAUAGGGUUGAGAUCCGGUGACUGUGCUGGCCACUCCAUUAUAGACAGAAUACCAGCUGACUGCUUCUUCCCUAAAUAGUUCUUGCAUAGUUUGGAGCUGUGCUUUGGGUCAUUGUCCUGUUGUAGGAGGAAAUUGGCUCCAAUCAAGCGCCGUCCACAGGGUAUGGCAUGGCGUUGCAAAAUGGAGUGAUAGCCUUCCUUCUUCAAGAUCCCUUUUACCCUGUACAAAUCUACACUUUACCACCACCAAAGCACCCCCAGACCAUCACAUUGCCUCCACCAUGCUUGACAGAUGGCAUCAAGCACUCUUCCAGCAUAUUUUCAUUUGGUCUGUGUCUCACAAAUGUUCUUCUUUGUGAUCUGAACACCUCAAACUUUUUUCCAAUCUUCCUCUGUCCAGUGUCUGUGUUCUUUUGCCUAUCUUAAUCUUUUCUUUUCAUUAGCCAGUCUGAGAUAUGGCUUUUUCUUUGCAACUCUGCCUAGAAGGUCAGCAUCUCGGAGUCGCCUGUUCACUGUUGACGUUGAGACUGGUGUUUUGCGGGUACUAUUUAAUGAAGCUGCCAGUUGAGGACCUGUGAGACGUCUGUUUCUCAAACUAGACACUCUAAUGUAUUUGUCCUCUUGCUCAGUUGUGCACCGGGGCCUCCCACUCCUCUUUCUAUUCUGGUUAGAGCCAGUUUGCGCUGUUCUGUGAAGGGAGUAGUACACAGCUUUGUACGAGAUCUUCAGUUUCUUGGCAAUUUCUUGUAUGGAAUAGCCUUAAUUUCUCAGAACAAGAAUAGACUGACGAGUUUCAGAAGAAUGUUAUUUGUUUCUAGCCAUUUUGAUUCUGUAAUCGAACCCACAAUUGCUGAUGCUCCAGAUACUCAACUAGUCUCAAGAAGGCCAGUUUUAUUACUUAUUUAAUCAGCACAACAGUUUUCGGCUGUGCUAACAUAAUUGCAAAAGGGUUUUCUAAUGAUCAAUUAGCCUUUUAAAAUGAUAAACUUGGAUUAGCAAACACAACGUGCCAUUGGAACACAGGACUGAUGGUGGCUGAUAAUGGGCCUCUGUACACCUAUGUAGAUAUUCCAUUAAAAAUCAGCCGUUUCCAGCUACAAUAGCCAUUUACAACAUUAACAAUGUCUACACUGUAUUUAUGAUCAAUUUGAUGUUAUUUUAAUGGACAAAAUAAUAUAUUUUCUUUUGAAAACAAGGACAUUUCUAAGUGACCCCAAACUUUUUAACGGUAGUGUAUAUACUGUACAUUUCCACACUAUGAGGUUGGAAUAAUACUGUGACAUUUUGAAAAUUAUGAUAAAACCCUUUUAGUGUAAGAGCUGUUUGAAAUGUUCGGCUGAAAUUUCAGCACGUUUUGCAUGGGUGGAGUUUUGGCCUCCCUGGUGACAUCACCAUGCGGUAUAAGUUAAAGUUAGCCUUGCAAAGCUACCUGAUCCCGCGAGCUUACAUUACAACUCUGCACAGAUAUGCAAUGUUUUAAUGCAAGCUCGAGGGAUCAGGUGGCUUUGCGAGGGCUAAGUUAAAGUAACUGUCCAGUGAAAAUCUCACAUUUAAAAGUUCAGAUUCUGUUAACUCAUACCCAAAUAAUGUUGUUGACUAAUCCUAUACUCGUAUUUGUGGCCAAAGCAUAAAUUGGAGGAAAAAAACACUUCAAAAACCCCACCUCAAACUUGUAUCUCAAACAGACCGUUUCAAAAUGGAUUGAGAUGAUAUCCAUGAGCUGGCCAAUCAGCGGUCUACUCGCAUGAAUAUUUUUUAUGACCGGUAUACGGCCUCACCAUUCCAACAAAGAAAGCUGAUUUUUAACAUACUUAAUUAUCAUUUUUUGUAAGGAAAACUAUUUAACUUAUAUUAUAAUUAAUAUAAUAUAUUUCAUAGAAAUCUGGAAACACUGGACAGUUACUUUAAUAGACCAACAACAAAUAAAGUUUCAAACCUCUCUGCCAAUAACAGCUAGUAUUAAGGUUACAUAUCCCUCCCAUUAUGCUCCUCCAAUUAGGUCCCUCACUCAAACCACUCCUAAACAGUCCUAGCAAAAUUAUUGCUUGAGAAAUAGCUUUUUGCUAAGAAGCUAUGUUUGUUUCUUUUUGACCAUUUUCAUUGAAAACAAUCACAGUAAGGUACUUAAUUGUUAACCAGAUAUGAUUUGAUAUUGAGAUAAAAACGGACGCAUUGGACCUUUGAGGAGUCCAUUAUCAUUCUCAAUGAAUUCUGAUUAUAUUGACAAUUGAUGUUAGUACAAAUGCCUUUCUGUAUGGGAAUGCUUACUGUUCAAUGUUUUACAUUCAAUGUUCUACUGCUUCUCUUGUCUCCAGGGUAACGACCCAACAGCGUUCUCGGUGCUAACCCAGGCUCUCACGGGUAAGAUGGCCUUCAUAGACGCUGAGUUCUGUGCUACGUGUGGAGAGAGGGGGGCAGAGAAGAGAUGCUCCCUCUGCAAAAUGGUAUGAAAACCACUUCCGACCUCCGACCUCCGAUACACAAGCACAGGGUUUCUCUCACUCAUUUCCCUCUUUAUUACUUUGGUUACACUUAAUAAUAACUUCCAUGAAUACACCAUUAGGAAUGCCUAUAAAUGCUUAAUAAAUGCUAAUAAAUGUUUCCUAUUACUACUACUACAGGUGACGUACUGUGGGUUGAUGUGUCAGCGACUCCACUGGUUCACCCAUAAGAAGAUCUGUAGAGGACUGCAGGAGAAGGAUGCCCCGAGACUGAGGGAGCUCAAUGGUAAACUACACACUCAUAUCUGUUGAAAACACAUAUAAUAGGCCUACUACAGCUAUACUACAGUGUACUAUAGUGCUCCAUACUUUUUAACCCAGGAAUUGGCUUAAUCUGGGUUUGGGAUACCAGCCUCUAUAGCCUACUUUACUACUGUAGCUUGUUACAUACUUGUAGCUUUGUGGCGCCCUCUAAGGUUAACUUUAGACUGUUUUCCCCCUCUCCUCUCUAUCCUGGGUCUAGAUGAAGAGAGUGACAUGGUGAAAGAGACAGCCAGCUUCCUGGCAGAGCUGUGUUUGAAGGCAGAGGAGCGCAUGGCGUCAUCAGGGUGUCCCGGUCCCUCAGCGCCAGACCAGCUGAACUGUCCCUCCACAUCCUCAGAGGGACCACCAUCCUGCAACCAGGAAUGAGAGGGACUGCUAGUGUUCUUUUCUACUGGGUAGUUAAUUGGUUAAUUGAUUAAUGUUACUGAUUGGCCAG